UCGUACAUAGUCAUAUAUCCUUGUCUUCUGUGAUAUCAGAAGAAUAUAUUAUAGAGGAAUCAAAGUCUAUAUAGUAAAGUUCAUUUGGUUCGUGUAUAUAUAUAUACUCUUAACUACUAUCACUUUGCACUUUGCUUCUGGUCGUAACACAGUGAAGCUCCUUUGGAAUUCUUUUUUUUUCUUUGUGAAAAUAUUCAAUUAAAAUAUUUUAUGUGUUAAAAAUUUUGGUUACAAUGCUUAAGAAUACGGUAGCAUUAAUAACCGGUGGAGCCUCUGGUCUUGGUCGUGGAACUGUACAAAGAUUUGUCAGAGAAGGUGCAAAAGUUGUAAUAGCAGAUCUUCCUAAUUCAAAAGGACAAGAGCUUGCAGAUGAGUUGAAAGAUCAGGCUGUGUUUGUACCAACUGAUGUCACAUCGGAAAAAGAAGUAUUAGUAGCUUUGAAAACAGCUAAACAGAAUUUUGGCAAGUUAACUGCAGUUGUAAAUGCAGCAGGAAUAGCAUGCGCUCUAAAAACAUAUGACUUUAAUAAAAAUCAACCGCAUCAGUUGGAAAUAUUUGAAAAAAUAAUAAAAGUAAAUACUAUAGGAACUUUUAAUGUACUCCGUUUAGCUGUUGGCCUUAUUGGUGAAAAUAUACCUAAUGAAGAUGGUGCACGUGGUGUUAUAAUAAAUACAGCAAGCGUGGCAGCAUACGAAGGACAAAUGGGACAAGCAGCGUAUUCUGCCAGUAAAGGUGCUAUCGUUGGAAUGACUUUACCAAUCGCGCGUGAUUUAUCUAAACAGGGUAUACGCGUUGUCACUAUUGCACCUGGAUUAUUCGAUACACCGUUAUUUAAAUCCUUACCAGACAAAGUACGUGAUUCUUUGUGCAAAAUGAUACCUCAUCCGCAAAGAUUAGGUAAACCUGAUGAAUACGCACAACUGGCACAACAUAUCAUCGAAAAUCCACUUUUAAAUGGAAAUACUAUAAGAUUAGAUGGUGCUCUCAGAAUGUCUUAACCUAAGAAUUCUAAUGUUUUUAUAUAUAGAAAUGGAUAAAGGAUAUAUAUUGGGAAUAGCUACUAAAAUAAAUCUCUUUAUAAUGCUA